AUGGCUAUUCCAUCCCUUUUAAGUUGUAAAAGUAAUAACAGUUCUUCUGAAGACAAGACAGAGAAAUGCACACAUAAAUUGUACGAAUUAAAGAAUGAAUAUAUUUUUGUUUAUCGAUGUAAUAUAUGUUUAUUAUUAUUUACAUGUGUAUAUACAUUUGCAGAACAUAUUAUUUCAGAAAACCAUAGAAUUAAACAAUUGGAUGCUUUAAAAAAGGAUAAAUAUUUCAACUGUUUAAGAUGUAAAUAUAUUUGUUUGAGUGUUGUUAAAAUGAUUAAGCAUAUUGAAUUAUAUAAUCAUGGGCAUAAUAUUUUGAAAAAAAUAAAAAAAAAAAUUCUUUACACCGGAAAAGCUAGCUGUGCAUGUAAAAUGAAAUGCUAUUUUUUUUAUUCUCAAAAUAAAAACUUAACAAACAUAGAGAGGUGUACAUUAUAUAAUGAAAAUAAUAUAGAACAAUAUAGAAUAAAUGAUGAAGAUAAAUAUAUUAUCCAUGAUAUAAAUAUAGAAGAUAAAGUGCAUAAUAUGAAGAAUGACGAGAAAGAAACAAUAAAGAAAAAUUGUAAUAAAAUAUAUAAUGAUGAUGGUAAGGAUGAUUAUGAUAAUACAUUUUUGAUUUAUCAAACCAAUAUUGAUUAUGCAAACAGUGGUAAUAAUAAUUACAAUAAUAAUUACAAUAAUAAUUAUAAUAAUAAUUAUAAUUAUAAUAAUGAUUAUUUGUUACCUAAUAAAUAUUUAUCCUUAAAUAAUAUACAAAAUAAAGAAUGUAUUAAAAAAUAUUCCUUACCAAUAAAUGUUCAGAAAAAUCAUGUAGCUACAAAGAAUUAUAUGAAUUUCCAACCUUAUCAUAGUGAUAAUCAAGAAUAUAAUUCAUAUCCCUAUAAUAUAGAAAAUAUAAAUAAUAAUCACACCAAUGUUGUAUUCAAAAAUGAACAAACAACUGUAAAUGAAACACAAAAAGAAUAUAUGAAGAAUAUUCUUUAUGAUCAGAAUGAAAAUCAAAAAAAAAAUUUAUUUAUACACAUGUAUGAAAAUAAUUACAAUAUAGAUGAUGAUAUAAUAUCAAAGAAUAAUAAAUCAUAUAUACAAAAAGAUUUUCUAUCCAAUAAUGAAAAAAGAAAUAAUUCUAUACAAUAUGGAAUAGAUCAUUUUGAUUUUAACAUGAAUAAAAGAAAUACAUAUCCUACAGAUGUAGCUAGCCAUUCAUUAAUAAAAAACUUAAUUCCGAAUAUUAACACCUCAUAUUCAUCUAAUAUAAAUAAUAAAAUUAAUGAGGUUGAAAUGAAUCAUAAUAUAAAUAUUCUGCAUAAUAAUAUCACAUUUAAUAAUAAUAUGAAUAAUUAUACAUUCUGUAAUAAUGUACUUCCAGAGGAAACAACUGAUGAAGAAAAUAAAGAAGAACAAAAUAUAUCAUAUGAUUUAAACAACAGUGAUUAUAUUUUUCAUAAUUUAAUAAAUGAAGAGAAUAAUGUAAAUCAUAUAAAUCAUAUAAAUGAUAUAAAUAAUACAUAUCAGAAAUAUCAAAAUAACAAACGUGAAGAUAAUUCCCUCUGCAUUUAUAAUGAUGAUAUUGAAAAAAAUACAUUCUCUGAAAAUAACCAUACAUAUUUUGAUGCAAUUUUUAAUUCAUAUUUUCUUAAAGAUAUUCUACCUAAUGGGGAUGAUAAAGAUGAAAAUUCUGUUGAUGAUGAAAAUUAUAAAAUAAAAAAUGAUGAGGAAGAAAUAAAACAGUUUCUACCCAUAAAUUUAAAUCCAUGUAUUUAUCAGAACGAGACUAAUAUAUUAUUGAAAUUACCGCAUGAAGAGGGCAACAACAUUGAAGAGGUGGUUGAACAUGUGAACAAAAAUGAUGAUGAUGAAAAUGAUGAUAAUGAACAAUCAUGUUAUAAUAAUAUAGAACAAGAAAUACUGAUUAACAUGAAUAAAUCUUUUUUUAAAGGUUUAAAUAAAAAUACAGAAGAAGACGUAACAAAUUUACACAGAAAAAAAUGUUCUGAUAUUUUGAGUGAAGAAACAAAUAAAGAAGAGGAUAUAGUAGAAAAUAUUUAUAUGAAAAAUAUAUGUAAUAAUAUAUUAAAUAGUAACAAUGAGGAGAAUAAUAUGCAAGAUAUAUCAAAUAUUUCAAGCAUCUGUGAUAAAAGUCAAAAUGAUCUUUUAUCAUCUUUAGGUAUUAUAAAAAAUGAGAAAGAAAAAAAUAAAUACAAUAAAUUGAAUGAAAAUAAUAAUGAUUAUUACUUGAAUAAAAUAGGACACGAUGUAAAUAAUUUUUUAAAUAUAUUAUUUGAUAAAAAAAAUGAAAUGAUAAAUAAGAACAGUGUAAAAAAUAGUAUGUAUAGUUCAGACAAUAAAUUGAAUAUAUCACACAACAAUAAUAUCAACAAUAAUAAUAAUAAUAAUAAUCAUAAUAAUCUUUUUUGUAAUGAGGAUAUUCAAUAUGUGCCCAUCUAUAAUAACUCUCAUUUAUCAAAUGAAAAAAAUGAUUUAUCUUAUGAUUCCAAUUUAUCUUAUGAUUUAAAUUUAUCUCCCUUAUCAAACAGUAACAUGAAUAAAAAUUUGUUAUAUCAUGAAAAAAAUAUUAACUUUCUUAAUAAUAAUAGAAACUUUCUAAACACACAAGAAGAUAUAAAUCAUAACGAUGUAGAAGGAAAAAAAGAAAAACAUUCUUUCUAUAUGGUACCACAUAACAUUUCUCAUAUUGAUAAAAAAGUAGAUGAAAAUAAUGGAUAUAUAAUAUUACACGAGCAAAAUUAUAAUAUGAUUUCUCAAAAAAAUGUUUAUAGCAACUUAUAUCAUGUAAAUACAGAUAAUGAGAAACAAAAACAAGUGACAAUAACAGAUCAAGGUGAUAAUAUGAAUAUUCAUAGGUCUAACGCAUAUACAGAGGCAAAUAAAAAGAGAAUAUUAUUUGUUAAUGAAAUAAAUGAAAUAAAAAAAACAAUUCAAAAAGAAACUAUGAACAGUAGUAAUGUAAAUAAUAUAUAUUUCAACAAUAAUAAUAUUAAUAGUAAUAAUAUUAAUAGUAAUAGUAAUAAUGUUGAAAAUAUUAUAAAUAUGAAUCCAUUGCUAUAUUAUGGUAAAGAAAAAAUAUUAUAUAAAGGAAAAUUUAAAAAAUAUGAUUCUACCCCUCCUAUUCUUAAUAAUAAUAAUAAUAAUUUAUAUGAUAUUAGGAUGGUGCCAAAAAGUAAUACAGAUACGUAUUCUGCUAACAUAAAAAAAUGCAUAUAA